UUAUCUAUCAUAUGUUGUUGAUCAUUGUGGAAUACUCGAAAUAUUACAGUACCCUCAUUAGCUAAUAGAUGAUAAUAAAGAGUAACAUUUAUCUAAUACAAAAACUUGAAUUUUUUAAUAAAAAUAGGUCGCUAGUGAAUGUUCAUAUACUGAUUCACAUUAUGAAGCUCUUGUUGGUAUACAACAAAAACUUAAUCGAGGUAAUCGAAAUGUCUUUCAAGUACUUGCAUUUCCAAGUAAUCAAUUUGGUAAUCAAGAACCUCAUAGUGAUAGACAUAUUCGUGUAUGGGCCAAAGAUAUGUUUGAUAUCAAUUUUCCUAUAUUUGCUAAGGGUGCUGUUAUAAAAGAAGGAAUUGAGAAUGAAGAUGAAUUACCAGAUGUAUGGAGAUUUUUAAGUGAAAAAACUGAACCACCAUCGUGGAAUUUUUGGAAAUAUUUAAUAGAUCCAAAUGGUAAUGUUAUUCAAGCUUAUUCGCCUCAAAUAAAUAUGCGUCAGGUUUAUCCAGAUAUUAAAAAAUUACUUGUUAAAUACAAUUUAAUUGAUAAAUCCGAAUUAUAA